AUGUCCAACGCCCAGUUCUACGGCGGUCAGCAGCAGAUGCAGCAGUAUCCUCCCCCCGGCGGCGACUACUACGCCAACCAACAGGGACCCCCCCCCAUGCACAACCAAUACGUCCCUCAACAGAUGGACUACAACCAGGGGCCUCCUCCCCAGCAACAGAACGACAAGGGCGACAGCGGCGGCGGUGCCGGUGCAGCUGCCGCCUGCUGUGGGCUCGGUGCUUGUUGCUGUUGCUGCCUAGAGUGCUGCGCCUGUGCCGAGUGCUGUGAAGCCGUAGUUGACUGA